GUUGCAGGAUUUUGGAGGGUUGCGGAAAUCGAAGUGAAAAUGCGUUAUGAUUGUUAAUUUGACAUCUGCUAGUCAAGUAUGAGUAAUGCUCCUCGCUCCUUCCGUCGUUCACGACGUAACGCUAACACAGCAACAACAAGCACAACGCAUCCAGAUGACGUGAUAUCGGCGGAUUCAUCAGGUGGCGACACGUCACCUCCUACUCGACGACGUCGUCUUAAUAGUGACGAUCCUAUGGAGGGAUGUUCAAAAAGGGAAGGGGUCAGUACGAGAAGGAAAACGGAUGCGAAAAUAGAGCUGGGCAUCCGGCUUAUAGCCCAGAUGCGACUCAUCCAUAAUACUAGAAAAACUGUUGCAUUAGAGAGGACAAGUAUUGGAAAUGAAAGUAAGGGUCAAAUUGAUGCUGGGAUUGUUGGCAACGAAUUGACAUUUGAAAAUGGAGCAAGCUACGGAAUGUCUCUGGAUUCGCUGUUAGGUCCAGAAGCGAAACGAGAGGAUAUCAUCACUCGAAAGCAACAUGUCCGAUCAAUUCUGGAUGCAUCAGAAACGUCUCUUUCUCCCAUUGAAAUAAAAGUGGAAGAAAAUAGCGCAGCAUCGCCUUGUUCUUCAUAUUUGGAGCAACAACCAUCCACUUCAACAGUUGCAGCACAUCCAGCAUCUUCGAUACCUUCAGCUACUGCACAUUCUACACCUCGAAGUUCUUCAGCGGCUGGAGUAGAGUCAAGUGUUGAACGAGUAGCUAAACAGGAAGCUCAAGUAUUAGCACGAAUUGCCGAACUUCGAAGACAAGGCCUCUGGACAGCAUCUCGGUUACCGAUGAUUGAAAUGCCUCCACGAAAUAAAACACACUGGGACUACUUGCUGGAAGAAAUGCGCUGGAUGGCCAUAGAUUUUCGUCAGGAGCGAACUUUUAAACGUCAGGCAGCGAAAAAGUUCUCAUCUCAAAUUGCACGGAUGUUACGGGAUCGAGAGCAAGAAAAAGAACGAUCGGAACAGCGAGCCGUGAGAGAAGCAAAGCGUGUUUGUGCUCUUAUCGCAAAAAUGGUUCGAGACUUCUGGCAGAAUGUUGACAAAGUGGUUGAUUUGCACGCACAGGAAAUAAUCGAAUCAAUGAAGCGGAAAGCGUUAGACCAGCAAUUGGAAAUGAUGGUAGGUCAUGCUGAUAAAUUGAGUGAAAUGGUGCAGGAAGGUUUGAUAGGCGAAAGAUCGAGCAGAGCAUCGUCAUUGCGGAGUGGUGAUAUUACUAAAGAUGAGGAUGCCGCAAGUUUUUCAACCGAUUCGGAUGAUAUUUCAAUUUCGGAUACUGAAGCAGUGGAUGGGAAUGUCGAGGAGGAAAUGCAGGGAUUGGUGGCCGAAGGAAGUCUUGAACUUGAUGAUUUUCUUGACUCGCUUCCACGUGGGUAUCUGGAAAGUCUUUCAAAAUCUAAACAACAGCAGGGCUUGCUUGGGCCUACGCAGGACACAUCCACCGAUUAUAAACACCCAGAAGGAAGUGAAGUUUCUACUGAAUACACAGCAUCGGAAAUCACACAGGAGGAAGAUUCGACACGUCAUAGUGCAUCCAUUACGCAAAGCAUUUCUUCGGUAUCGGAAAAAGAAACUCCUGAUCCUACACAAAUAGAAAAUACAGAAAAAAGUGCUAUAGGCGCUGCGAUAAACUAUGAUCGGCUGACAUCAGAGAGUCGUGAAGAGCGACAAAAAGAGUUAGCAAAUAUUGCGGAGGAAGCUUUGAAAUUUCAGCCAAAAGGAUUCACCUUAGAAACGACGCAAGUAAAGACGGAAGUACCACAUCUGGUUAGGGGUGCGUUGAGGGAAUAUCAAAUGGUUGGCUUGGAUUGGUUAGUGACUUUAUACGACAAUGGUUUGAACGGCAUCUUAGCUGAUGAAAUGGGUUUAGGAAAAACAAUACAAACGAUAGCAUUGCUUGCACAUUUGGCAUGCAAAGAAUAUAUUUGGGGUCCGCAUCUCAUUAUUGUACCAACAUCAGUGAUCUUGAAUUGGGAAAUGGAAUUUAAAAAAUGGUGCCCAGCUUUCAAAUUACUCACUUAUUUUGGUAAUCAAAAAGAACGAGCUGAGAAACGGAAAGGGUGGUCUAAAACGAAUGCUUUCCAUGUUUGCAUUACUUCAUACAAAAUUGUUACCCAAGAUAUUCGGUCAUUUAAACAUAAGACUUGGCAGUAUUUUAUCCUGGAUGAGGCACAAAAUAUCAAAAAUUUCAAAAGUCAGCGUUGGCAAACGUUACUAAAUAUCCGUGCGCGCCGUCGUUUACUUUUGACGGGUACACCACUGCAGAAUUCUUUGAUGGAGCUGUGGUCACUUAUGCACUUUUUGAUGCCAGCUAUUUUUGCAUCACAUAACGAUUUCAAAGAUUGGUUUAGUAAUCCUCUUAAUGAUAUGAUGGAAGGUAAUGCAGAAUGGAAUGCUUCUUUAAUACAAAGGCUUCAUAAAGUGCUCAGGCCAUUCAUUUUGCGACGUUUGAAAAGUGAUGUGGAAAAGCAGUUGCCAGAGAAAACGGAACAUAUUAUCAAAUGUCCUUUAUCAAAGCGACAGCGAUGUCUUUAUGAUGAUUUCAUGUCCAGAAGAUCGACGAGAGAAAAUUUGCGAUCAGGCAGCGUUAUGUCAGUAUUGAAUAUUGUUAUGCAGCUCCGGAAAUGUUGCAAUCAUCCGAAUUUGUUUGAACCGAGGCCGAUAUUGUCACCUUUUGUAAUGCAGCGUCUUACGAUUACUUUGCCGGGUAUACUGUUAGACGUUUGUCAAGGAAAGGGCCUCGAAGAAAUGGAUGUUUUGGAUCUUUUCAAAUUUUCGUCCUCACUUGGCUCUCUCUUUGCGUGCAGCGAAGGACGUCGUUUAGCUAUUGAUGAACAAAUGUUGAACGAUCAUCUUACAAGCCCAGUGGAUGUACCAAUGCCAAAUUUAGGAGGGUUUCAUUUCUCACGACCACCACCGCAGCAGCAUCCACAACCGCAAACGAGAGAAGGAUCAAAAGUUUUCAUGCCAGUCCCAUUGCCAGCAGCAGGCAUUCCACGAGGAAAUGAGCUGUACGUUUCGGUUGAUGAUCUUGGCAAUGCACGGGUUUAUCAACUGGUGGUUGAUAGUACUGGUGGUCAUACAGUUCGUGAAUGUGAGCCAAGUUCUGUACCUAGCAGCCGUCUCUUAGUUUCUGGUGCAAGAACUUCGCAAAGCACCGCUUCUGUUGCUCCUGCUGCCAGGACAUCAGCUGGAACUUCAGCGCAACCAACACUGCAAAUAUCACCAAAACUUUUGUCUGCGAAACAGAACACAGUCGAAUCAACUACAUCCUCAUCUACAGCUGUUCCGUUACUCAAACCAGUAUUUCGGUCCACAACGGUUUUAUCACAAACGCGCUCUUCAACCGAGACUUCUGCAAAGGGUACUGGGACAGUGAACAAUGGCUGUACCUCACUUCCUGAAACUCAUAUUGCUGCAACAUUCCCGAUAAGUCGAGCACAACAGGUGAAGUUAUUGGAGCCAGAAUGUGCUAGUGUGGGUAGUGCCAGCAAUGCAGUUGAUACCAACCGAGUUCAACUCGGAGUGAUGGAAGCUGAUGAGAAACGAACCAUAGUUGUUGCAGAACAGGUCGCUGAAAAAUCAGACUUAUAUGAUUUCCUUAUUUUGCCAGAUACAUCGAGAGCUAUGGAACAGAGAAAGAUGGAAAGGUUGCAACGUUGUGCAGCAGUUUGCUCUCGACGUUUAUUAUUCCCCAAUGUUUGUCGCACACCGUUGGUAUCAGAUGAGCUAUUAGCUGUCAUCAAAAGAGAGCUUGGUCGGAAGAAACAUCGUCGUUAUAAUUCGUCAACAACAGAUUCGUUGGGAUGGUUGGUACAAUCGUUGACUGAUUGGACUAGUGAUGCAUCGCAAAGGUUCACCGUUUUCGUACAUGGCGCUCUGGCAGAUGAACCUGAUUUGCAAAUUAGUACUACUGGAUGUCAUGCCUACAUGCGAAAAGAAUGGGAUGAUUUAAAUGAAGAAUGUCAUCGCAUAGUGCUGAAUUCUGACAGACUAUUUUCUCUUAUUGAUAUGAUGCAGAAGCUGCAAUUUCCGGAACUGCGGUUAAUUGAAUAUGAUUGUGGUAAACUGCAAGUACUUAACAGCCUGUUGCGUGAUCUCUUCCUGUACAAACAUCGUUGUCUAAUUUUUACGCAAAUGGCACGAGUUUUGGAUAUCUUACAAGCUUUUCUUUCGUUCCACGGUUAUCAGUAUUUUCGACUGGAUGGAACGACCGGCAUUGAACAGAGACAGGCAAUGACCGAACGCUUCAAUGCCGACCCAAAGAUAUUCUGUUUCAUUCUAUCAACUCGAUCAGGUGGCAUUGGUGUUAAUUUGACUGGAGCAGAUACCGUGAUUUUCUAUGAUUCCGAUUGGAAUCCAACGAUGGAUGCGCAAGCGCAAGACCGCUGUCAUCGUAUUGGACAAACACGAAACGUCACAAUCUACCGUUUAGUUAGUGAACGAACAAUUGAAGAAAAUAUUCUGCGAAAAGCGAUGCAGAAACGACGUCUUGGUGAAAUGGCCAUUGACGAGGCAGGAUUUACACCAGAAUUUUUCAAAGGUGAUAAUGUAAGGGAUUUGUUCGAGGGUGUUGCAAAUGUAGUCGACGUCGUUGCUCCAGUUACUGUGGCAGAUAAUAAAGAAAUUGAAAAAGCCAUGGCAACAGUUGAAGAUAUACAGGAUGUUCAUGCAGCACAGCGAGCAAAUGCUGAAGUAGAAGCAGAUAUUGCGGAGUUCGAUGAAAAUGUUCUAGCAUCUUCCGUUGAGAACAAUCAAGAAAAAAUAGAAUCCAAAUAUUUAGAACUAAUAAAUCAGUUAAAACCAAUCGAACGGUAUGCAGUAAAUUUUUUGGAAGCGGAAUAUAAGCCAGAAUUUGACGAAGAAGUAAAAGAAGCUAAGGCUAUGAUUGAUUCAAAGAAGGAUGAAUGGAUGAAAGCUCAAGAGGAUGCGAUGGAGGAAGACAAUGGUGAACAGCAGAGCGAUGAUGAGAUCUCAUUGACAUAUCUUACUGGAUCCGAUGUUCCUGGUUCUGUGGACGAGGUAAUUUGCUUGGACAUACCUGGCGAAGAAAUGCUGACCUGGCUACCGCCGUCACCUCCACCUUCUGAUAGCGGUGACGAUAUAUACUAUGAUUCAACCGGUGAAUACUGGUUUGAGCAGUUACCGAUGGCUGAAUGUCGCCUACCAACUACAGUUCACGAGCUUCACCGGCCUCGACCACUUACACCAACUUCAUCACUUGUUCCGGAGCAAUUUGUACCGGAAAUUAUAGUUCCACCAUCGGCAUCAUAUCAAAUGGCGCCCGGUACAAUGUCAGCAAGUGUUGCAAUGCCACCAAUUGUUGCACUGCCUCCGUCACCAACUGGCAUGUGUACUGUAGCUAGUGGUAUUGUCCGUGACAUCGUAUCAUCUCCUACUGCGUCGCUUUCAUCAGUUUCGCAUGAACGUGGUAUAAAUUUAAUGCCUCAAACGGGUGUAUCAUCUGGUGCUGCUUACCUUGAUACAUCAAAUCUAUUACGGCCUGCUACACCUUCUCGUUUGCCCGGUUCUGUUGAUGACGCAAUUGAUAGCGUGCGAAAAUCGGCACAAAAAGCGUUAUCCGUACAAGGUACACAAAGAUCUCAAACUGGAAGCGGUCGCCCCAGCUUGCUUGAUAGUCGGUGUGGGAAAACUGAAUUACGACGUCCUUUCACACCACCUCCGCGUCAUCGCGAAGCGAUCGAUUACGAUGGAACGGAAUGGAGUAUUGCGGAAGAUUAUGAGGCGCUCAUGAUUCUAACUGAAUUACAACGACUACCGAAUCAUUUACAUUCAUCGAAAAUUGGGCAGUACGCAAAUUGGGACAUGGUGUCGGUUUUGCUGGGCACAUCAUCGGAAAUUUAUCGUUCACCGCGUCAGUGCUCACUGCAUUAUCAAAUGGUUGUGCAGCCACGUGAAGAGGGACGUAUGGUUACGUUGGAUCCAAUAACGAAGAAAACUCGGAGAGUUCCCCUGUCGACCGGAGAAAUGAUUCACAUGAAACGUGGGCGUACGAAAACCGAUCAGCAAUAUUUGGCAGACAUUCUUAAGCUCAUGUCAAGUCAAUAUGAAAAAAAAGUUAAAGCACUGAAAGCAGCAUCACUAAAGCAAACUGUAUUAUUCCGUCCAAAAACGACUGAUGACGAUACGGAAAAGUGGUGUCCAACACAAUCCCAUGAAUUGAAAUUUGCUGAACUGGGGAUACGAUAUGAUGCUACAACAACCUGUUCUGAUGUAGUUGAUUAUCGCAAUGAACGACGUGAGAAAUUACGCGAGCAGGAUCGGGAACGCUCGCGCUUGAAGGAAGAAGAGGAGCAAAAAAGAGAAGCCAUGGUUAUGGAACAGCAACGAAGUCAUGAACAGAAAUUAAUUCGUAAAGAGUCGGCAGUUACUGCAAUCCCUGGUAUUAUACAUUAUCAGAAAGUAAGUUAUGGAGCUGUCAUGGAACAUGCACAGCAACAACUUGCUGUCGUUUCAACACCAGUGAUGAGCACCCCUGCUGCUUCGACUGUGAGAACCUAUACUUCUGGUAGUUGUGUUCAAGGUCAGCUUGUAAACAGUAUUUCUGGACAAAGUACAGCAUAUGCAGGUGAUGCGCCUCAAGUAAUUGUUAGUCAACGAACAUAUGUUGACCACCCGCAAGUGGCUGUAUCCGGUGCUGCACCUGGUGCUCACCAGAUCAGUACUCGACGUGUUGCGAUUUCGGUUGGCUCGGGAACUUCAACUCAGCAUCAGAUCAUUAUGACUGGGGGUGCACAGAUGGGAUCAUCUGGUGCACAACAACCCUACGCUGUUGUUGUUAAUUCUCAAGAUACUCUUUCCGGACAGCAGCUUGGUAGUCGUUUUCAGUACACAACGCGACAAGAAGGUGUGAGUGAGCGACAGACUGUUUAUCGAACAAUACCAUCAGCUGGAACAAAAAAAGGGCUUUCUAUGCCCACUUCACAGAGGAUCGCGACUGGAUAUGGAACAUCUCUGGAAGCACAACAGCAGAUAUAUGCAACUACGUCACAUGCUGGACGGACGCUGAUUAUGUCGCAAGGCGAUGGUUCACAGCUAAGUGAAACGGGUCAAAUACAAAUGAUUCGACCACAAAUCCAAACUGGCGGAAUAUCUAUGCGACAGGAUGCUCGAUCUAAAAUAAAUCAGCGAGCACCGAGUCGUUUAUAUGUCACAACAGCUGCCGGCGAUAGAACUUAUCUGAUGCCGCAAUCACAGGUGCGAAUGAUGCCUAGUGGACAACGAAUUACACAAAAACGUACUGCAGGCGCAAUACAUGCGAAAACAAUUGGUGGACAACCGCAGGUUGCUAUGAUGUUACCACGUGGGAGUCCCGUCCAACAGAUACGAACAAUACCACGCAAUAUUGGUUAUCAGAGCUCUCGAGUUCCAUCGAUUGGACUAGUUAUGAGUAGUAAUUCAAGGAGCAAUGAAAUUGUUACUGGUUCUGCAACAAGCAAACAGUUACCAUCUGCUAGUGGAAUUUCGCGACAAACCAUAUCUAGUGCUUCAUCAGGUGCCAGGCAGUUAACGGUUGCGGUGCAAGGUGUUGGCAAUUCGACCCCCACUAUUUUACAAGAUCAUCCAGUGAGCAUUCCAGCCCAGCAAACACAAUACCUACCGCCAAUAACUCUUUCAAAUCAAGCUAGUGUUCAGCAACGUUAUGUAACAUCGCAACCAUCAACUGUUAGUGGAAACACACCCUCAGUUGGUAAUGCCACAGGUGGAAUGUAGCUGUUCCACGCAGAUAUCUCGUAAAGACAUUGAUCUUUCAUGCUUUGCCCGUCCUUUGGUAAUUAUGAUUGUAAUCAUUAUUUCAAGUAUUUCAAGUCUUGGCUACGCGUGCACUCAUAAAAAUUAUAGUCACUGCUGUUUAAGUUAACAAUUUUUCCUGUAAAGUUUCACAUAAUUGUAAUACUACUUCAUUUUUGUAAAGUUAAAAAUUUCUGAUGAAACUUUUUAGAAGCUGAUCUCAGUCAUUUCAUUUACGCUUUCAUUGUAUCUGCCUAUUUUUCUGUUCUUACUGUAUAAAAAGAAAUUUUCCAGUUUUAAUCUGCAUAAAAUGCAGUUCAUCUGCCUCAUAUAUAAAUAAGCUGUUGCCUUUCCAAUAUUCAUGCAGAUCGUUAUUCGUAUACUGAAAUUUUCUUAACAAUUUCCAGUUCAUCAACAGUAAUUGGUAAAUACCAUUAUUGUUCUUAUUCUCUUUUUUCUUUUGAUUUGCCAAUUUUUCAUUGAUAAUUUAUCUUUGUCCUCAAUGAUUUAUUUGUCAACUGGAUAUUGGUUUUAUAUAUUUUUUUAUGGCUAAGGGAGUUUAACAUUAGCUGAUUAUCAUCUCUCG